ACAGGCACGUUCUUGCCAAUAUGUAUUUCAUAGUUCAAAGAUCAAACCUCUUACCUCUUUCAAGUGUUCGUCUUGAUUGAAAACCUGUCAGUUAUUAACACAAACUUGUAGAUUAGAUUGAUUAUCAAAGCAGCUAGCACUUGUUGUGAAGAGUUAUACAAAGCAGGUUCUUUAUGUCUGCAUCAAAGCAGCUAGCACUUAUUGGUACCUCUCACAGGUUCCAAUCUUUAAUCCCAAAUCCUUGUCGUCUUCUGCUUAUCUCAAAACGCAACGAAAAAAGGUCUUUUCUUGGUACUGAUCAGAGGUUAUACUUUCUCAAAAUUAGGCUGAGCCUGAGAGAGCUAGUUGUCAGCAAAAGAAAGAUGGAUGUGGCUGUCCAUUGCAGUGUCCAGCCAGUACCUCCAAUUCCAUCUAAUCCAGCUUCUCCUGGUCCACAGAGCAGGAAAGUUUGGAUUGUUGGACUGAUAGCAUCAGCAAUUCUACCCUUCUUUGGGAUCAAAUUUGGGCCAUUACUCAAGCUAAAACAGGAAGUUGAUACUGUGGUGGACACGGCAGAAGAUGUGGCGGAGGUCGUAGAAAAGGUGGCGGAGGAAAUGGAGAUGGUAGCUGAAGAAAUUGCAGAGCACCUUCCAGCAGGAGGAAAACUUAAAGUUGUUGCAACAUUUAUUGAAAAUGUAGCAGAAACAACAGCCAAGGAUGCCCAGCUGGUAGAAGAUGCCAUUGACAAGUUUCGAGCAAUGGAGAAGGAUGCGGAAUCAUUCAUUACUGUCAUUGAUCAAGCCAAGAAGACAUCUAAAGAAGAAAAUAACCUAAAUUAGACUUGGUGAAAUACAAUUCUAGGGCAGGCCAUUUGGGCCUUGACUUGUAA